GGCCCUGCGCCGCCCUGGCUGUUUGUUUAAUGGAGCGGGGCAGGAGUGACGCGCCAAAAAUCUGGCGGCGCGUCCGACGCGGUCCACCGAGACGUUAAAAGAGUGCAUGCAACGCGAGACUUGCUUCCUUCUCCCUUCCACAUCCUCACCUACCAUACAAACCACGUCUUCCAUACACAAGGGAGUUCGUGUUGCGGCCCUUGUUUCAGCCUGUCUGCAAGAUCUCGUUGACUCUGAGAGCAGACCAAUUUCUUUCCCUUCCCCUUUGACCUCGCUGCCCGAUCUUCGGGCCCUUGUAUUCCGUAGUCUGAGCCUGGCGUAGCCGACCAAGCUCACGCCAUGUAUGUCAGGAAGCGUGAUGGGCGCCAGGAGCGCGUUCAGUUCGACAAGAUCACAGCGCGCGUCUCGCGUCUGUGCUAUGGCCUUGACAUGGACCAUGUCGACCCGGUUGCCAUCACCCAGAAAGUCAUCUCAGGUGUCUAUGGCGGCGUGACAACGGCCCAGUUGGAUGAUCUGGCCGCCGAAACUGCCGCCUACAUGACGGUAACCCACCCUGACUAUGCCAUUCUCGCCGCCCGUAUCGCCGUAUCCAACCUCCACAAGCAAACAAAAAAGCAAUGGUCGCAAGUUGUGACGGACCUUUACAACUAUGUCAACCCCAAGAAUGGUCAGCCAUCGCCCAUGAUCGCCAAGGAGACAUACGAGUGCGUCAUGCGGCACAAGGAAGAGUUCGACUCGGCCAUUGUCUAUGACCGGGACUUCAACUACCAAUACUUCGGCUUCAAGACCUUGGAGCGGUCGUACCUGCUGAAGCUCGACGGCAAGAUUGUCGAGCGGCCACAGCACAUGAUCAUGCGCGUUGCUGUCGGCAUCUGGGGCGACGACGUUGAGCGCGUCAUCGAGACAUACAACCUCAUGUCCAACAAGUUCUUCACACACGCUUCGCCAACCCUGUUCAACGCCGGUACCCCUCAAGCUCAGCUUUCGUCCUGCUUCCUGGUCGACAUGAAGGAUGACAGCAUUGAGGGCAUCUAUGACACCCUGAAGACUUGUGCUAUGAUCUCGAAGAUGGCUGGUGGCAUCGGCUUGAACAUCCACCGUAUUCGCGCCACCGGUUCAUACAUUGCCGGCACGAACGGCACCUCCAACGGAAUCAUUCCCAUGCUGCGCGUCUUCAACAACACCGCCCGGUACGUCGACCAGGGCGGCAACAAGCGCCCGGGUGCCUUUGCCAUCUACCUUGAGCCUUGGCAUGCCGAUGUUUUUGAGUUCCUCGAUCUCCGAAAGAACCACGGAAAGGAGGAGGUCCGUGCCCGUGACCUCUUCCUGGCGCUUUGGAUUCCCGACCUCUUCAUGAAGCGCGUAGAAAAGAACGGCGAGUGGACUCUCAUGUGCCCGAACGAAUGCCCGGGCCUUGCCGACUGCUACGGUGACGAGUUCGAGGCCCUGUACGAGAAGUACGAGAAGGAGGGCCGUGGCCGUAAGACUGUCAAGGCCCAGAAGCUCUGGUAUGCGAUCCUUGAGGCGCAGACCGAGACGGGCAACCCCUUCAUGCUCUACAAGGACCACUGCAACCGGAAGAGCAACCAGAAGAAUCUGGGCACCAUUCGCAGCUCCAACCUGUGCACCGAAAUCAUUGAAUACUCGGCUCCUGAUGAGGUUGCCGUGUGCAACCUGGCCUCGCUUGCGCUUCCGCAGUUCGUCGACUACAACGAAGGCCUCUACGACUUCCAGAAGCUGCACGAGGUCACCCAAGUGGUUGUCCGUAACCUGAACAAGAUCAUUGACAUCAACCACUACCCCGUGAAGGAGGCGUACAACAGCAACAUGCGGCACCGCCCCAUCGGUGUUGGUGUCCAGGGUCUGGCCGAUGCCUUCCUGGCCCUGCGCAUGCCGUUCGAGUCGCCCGAGGCUCGUGAACUCAACAAGCAGAUCUUUGAGACCAUCUACCAUGCGGCGCUGACCGCUUCGUGCGAUCUUGCCAAGGAACAGGGCACCUACUCGACGUACGAAGGCUCCCCAGUGUCUCAGGGUAUCCUCCAGUACGACAUGUGGAACGUGAAGCCGAGCAGUCUCUGGGACUGGGAUGCUCUUAAGGCCAAGAUCAAGGAGCACGGUGUCCGGAACAGCCUGCUCCUCGCUCCCAUGCCGACCGCUUCCACCUCUCAGAUCUUGGGCAACAAUGAGUGCUUCGAGCCCUACACGUCCAACAUCUACCAGCGCCGUGUGUUGGCCGGCGAGUUCCAGGUGGUCAACCCCUGGCUCUUGAAGGACCUUGUCGACAUGGGUCUCUGGUCAGAUGGCAUGAAGAACCGCAUCAUUGCCGAGGGCGGUUCCAUCCAGAACAUCCCCAACAUUCCCGACGACAUCAAGGCUCUCUACAAGACUGUCUGGGAGAUCUCCCAACGGACCGUCGUCCAGAUGGCAGCCGAUCGUGGUGCUUUCAUCGAUCAGUCCCAGUCCCUCAACAUCCACAUGCGUGAGCCGACCAUGGGCAAGAUCACUAGCAUGCACUUCACCGGCUGGAAGCUGGGUCUCAAGACGGGCAUGUACUAUCUCCGCACUCAGGCCGCCGCGCAGCCCAUCCAGUUCACCGUCGAUCAGGAGGCGCUCAAGGUCCAGGACACCAACGUCGGCAAGGCGUCGUCCGGGCUGAAGAAGCGCGCUCCCCCGGUCGGCAGCUACAUGUCGUCACCUACCGCAAUUCCUCGUCCCAUGGCUUUUGUCAACAAGGACGGCUCGCCAUCCUCAGCUCCCACGACGCCUCCUCCCGUCAAGGCCCCUGUCGUUGGCGAGGUGAAGGCCCGCGCUCUGAACUCGCCAUCCAAGCCGCCAGCGUUCAAGGCCGAUGUCGACGAAGGCGACAGCCCCAAGGCACUGCCCACUGAGCCCAUCGAGAAGCCCAAGCUCGAAAGCAUCGGGUCGCCGGCGCUCGAGGGCAAGAAGGAUGCCGAGGACAAGGAAGAUGAGAGCAAAGAGCGCGAGUUGGAUAUCUACUCUGAGGCUGUCCUUGCUUGCAGCAUUGAGAAUCCCGAGGCAUGUGUGAUGUGCAGUGGUUGAUCUUGUCUGAUCGUGGACGGCAUGUGUGAUGCAGUGUGAUGAUGGAUGGGUAGGGAUUCAUUUGGCACGGGUCGGGGCAUGUUUCGGUUUGUUUUUUUGUAGGGGGCAUCAUUGUCAUCGGUUUUAUGCGGGCA